AUGUCCGAUAACGAGAAUGCGGGUAGAAUGGAUAUCAAUGAAAUCGGUUUAAAGAACGCUAGUAUCGGUUUGAUGCAAACACGUGAUGAGGAAGCCGAACAGUUCAAGUCGGAUCGCGUGCGGAACCUUGUGCUACGUGUACUCGGCGUAGGCGAUACGUUAGCUCCAGAAUUUGCAUUUCAGGAUGCUUUGGUGAAUGAGUGCAGCCUAAGAAUAUCUGAAAUCAGCUUAUUGAAAUCUGAUGCAUAUAAAAGUCCUAUCCAUGAUGUGAUUUUCACCCUCGUGUCGUCCAUUGCAUCAACUUCUGAUAUUGCCAUGGAGGUGGACGCAGAAGACUCUCUUGGAUCGAUUCUUUUUAUUCCGGAGUUGGAUAGAAUUGGAACUACUAAAGAGUCAAUGGCUUUGAACUACCUAAUGUCUACGUAUAGUCGUCUGAAUACUGAGAGCCGUAAUGAGUUUUUUCAAGAUUUCGAAAAGCAUAUGUGCCUGGAUCUUCGCGAAUUAGUUCUGUCCAACGUUGUUAUCCUACUUCGCGGAUACUACGAACCUUUCAUGUCCGGUAAACUAGUGCGUUCAUCGCUUGUUCGUCUGCUAUAUUCAAACUUAGUGUCAGACCGUUUUCUCAGUGACAUCGUUGCGUUCUGCACGGAUCGUAAGAGGAGUGAUGAAAAUGCCCUUUCGGAGGUUAAAGAUGGAGCGAUCAUUCAGAGUCCAAUGGCGAGCAAGUUCUUUGCUGUCACAGAAUCACCUAAAGAUGGCGUAAGCAUGAUGUAUGAGAGCUAUCGGCGAAGAUUUGAGACAACUAGAUCUUUGAUGCACCAAAUUGUACAUCAUCUACUGGCUAACUCUUCAUCACGUGGCCGUUGUCUUGACUACAUUGCUGCAGUUAUUAAGUACAAUGAAAGACGAUCACAAAUGAGGGCUGAUUUCUCUACGCUUGCGUCACAUACGUUCAUUGUAAAUCUCAUGUGUGUACUAUUCGAGUUGUCAUCGAAAAUUGAUUUGUGUAAGGUUAAUCAAAUGUACCCUUUUCAAUCGAAUAGUCGUGUGGACAUUGUUGAGAAAACGCGACUUAAGAUGGAUCUUCAAAGCGGGAAAGAUUUUACCAAGUUGUGUCCUACAUCGGUUGAUGAGAAAUUCACUACUGAAUGCUUUUUCCUUACCAUGCAGUGCGAAAACAUUUGCCUACAGCCAGCAGUGAAUCGUCUGCGUAGUUUGCGUAGACAUAUUGCAGAUGUUCGCGAACAAAUUCGCGAACUUCAAGAGCAGCUUGCCCGUAUACCUGAAGGCAUGUUCGCCGAACAUGAAAGAAGUAGAAUUAACCACAAAAUCAAGGCGCGAACCGAGCAGAAAACGUCAUUUACACAUACUGCAAUGUGUUAUGAGUGUAUGCUCUCCGAUGGUUCAUUUAUAAGUCUAGCGCUUGACUUCUCCAGUAAGCAACUGCUACUUCUUCUGAACGCUAUUACGCCAAACUUUCGCUACGACAACGAACUACCGCCUGUUGCACCUCAGCUUUUCGCUGCAUAUCCUGAGUUCUAUUUGGAUGAUGUGCUAGACCUCGUCACUUUUGCACUGAACACAUAUGUACAAUCUGUUUUAAGGCACACUGCUGCUCUUCUUGUUGGUCGGAAUAAUGAUUGGCCAAGUCAUCUGCUCGUUUUCAUAUGUUGUACGCACUAUUUUAACAAUCCUUUUUUGGCGGCCAAGGUAGUGGAAGUAGUAAUGAUGAUUACGCCUGCAGUAAUUCCUGCUGCUCAAAAUCUUUGGUAUCAAGUAAUUAAUAGUCCAAUGGCUAUGGAGAAGCUUUUUCCCACUAUCUUUAUGUUUCAGUUCUACUCCGACGCUGAAGCUGGUACGGAUUUUUAUGAAAAGUUCAGCAUUCGACGUAACAUUCAAGUGAUCUUCCAGUGUCUUUGGAAUGAAACAUACUAUCGGUCCAUUAUGAUCCAACUUGCCAAAGCAUGUGGCCCAGAGUUUAUCCGCUUCAUAAAUAUGGUCAUUAACGAUGCAACGUUCUUAUUGGAUGAAAGUUUGGCGGCAUUGAAAAAAAUUCAUGAUGUGGAAUUGCUUAUGUCAAAUAGAGAAGAGUGGGCAGCACUUGGACGAGAAGAACAGCAACAAAAGGAAAGUAUUUUAGAGGAUGCGAAAAGACAGGUUCGCUCUUGGUUGGUCUACGCGAAAGAUACGCUAGAACUACUCGGAUAUCUGACAAGAGAUGCACCGCAGCCAUUUGCCCAAGAUGUGUUGGGUGAUCGAUUGGCAUCUAUGCUCAAUCACAACAUAGCUCAGUUAUGUGGUAGAAAAUGCAUGGAAUUGAAGGUGCGUGAUGCUGCUGAAAGAUUCCAGUGGGAACCCCGUAAACUUGUAGGGCAGGUGGUCGAUGUUUACUUGAAUCUAGCGGCGUUCUCGGAUUCAUUCGCAGAGUUCAUUGCACAUGACGAGAGGUCGUAUAGACCAGAGAUGAUGAAUGAUGUCAUUCGCCGCCUCGUUAGUAAUAACAUCGUACCCGUUAGUCAGAUUGAAAGAUUCCGUGCACUUGCUGAAAAGGUCGAAACACUUUACAACAACAAAGCCGCCCAGGAAAUGGAGCUUGAGGAUGCGCCAGAGGAGUUUAAAGGCACCUUUUUUUUAGACCCUGUUAUGGACACACUUAUGGAGGAUCCGGUGAAACUGCCAUCUGGACAUAUCAUGGAUCGAAAGCACAUUAUGCGCCAUCUACUAAGCAGUCAAACGAAUCCAUUCAAUCGCGCCGCGCUUUCCGAAGAAGAACUUGAGCCAGGUAUGGAAAUGGUGUUUUGA